UAUUAUUUUCGCUUGUUAAUUUUCCAGCGACUUGCUUGCCUUGUGUGUUCGCUUUAUCGAGCGCACACUGUAUGCGUGCGUGCGUGUGUCUGUAUUUGUUUGUGAUUAAUGGUAAUUGGUUUUAUGGCUUUUGCACAGUACUCGGCCACGCUCUUGCUGCCAGCAAUUUGUUAUUGUAAUUUCGCUUUUAGUCAUUGCUGUUGGCGAUCGAAACCCAAACCGAAACCCCAAUCCCCAAUCCGUGCCCCAACCCAAUUGCAAAGGCGCAGCUGGGCAGGGCGGUGAAGGAAGCAAAUCUGGUGAUCGCUAUAGCGGGCACACUACGCAAACCGGGCAUGACGCGCGAGAUGCUCUUCGAUGUGAACGCCACUGUGGACUUCGAGGCAGUCUGCACCAUAGCGGAGAACUCGGCGCAUGCGCUGAUACCGAAUCCGAUUAAUUCGCUGGCAGCGGAUGUGCUCAUCCAGAAGGAUGUCUUUGAUCCGAAUCGUUUGUUUGGCAUCACCACCAUCGAUGUGCUGCGAGCCGAAAGCUUUGUGGCCGAGCAACUGAGCGUGGAGCCGUCUGAGGUGAGCCUGCCCGUGAUUGGUGGCCACGAGGGCGAGACCAUCAUGCCCGGGCUCUCGCAGUGCUCGCCCAUCUUUCAGGCCUCCAUACAGCGCGGCAAAGAUUUCGUUAAGAUGAUGAUGUAAGUCGCAAUCAACAACAGAAUUCUCUCUUAAAAAUU